AUGGGACAUCUGUCAAUUCAUCUGAAGGUCGUUCUUAUUGCAUUCGGUACAUUCCAUGGAGUAAAUGCAUGGGGUAAACUAGGCCACGCAACUGUCGCUUAUAUCGCCCAGAAUUAUGUCUCUUCAAGUACAGAAUCAUGGGCUCAAGAUAUUCUUGAUGAUUCCUCGUCUUCAUACUUGGCUAGUAUUGCCUCUUGGGCAGAUGAAUACCGCGAGACGAAAGCCGGCAAAUGGUCAGCCUCGAUGCAUUAUAUCGAUGCCAAUGAUGAUCCCCCGUCAGACUGCAAUGUGAGCUAUGAUAGGGACUGUGGUAGUUCAUGCUCCGUAUCAGCCAUUCAGAAUUACACGCAGCGUGUGGUUGAAAGUGAUCUAUCAUCCUCUGAAAUCGCGGAAGCCCUUAAAUUCAUCGUCCAUAUUGUCGGGGAUCUAACACAGCCUCUGCACAACGAGGCCUAUGAGGUUGGCGGAAAUGACAUCGACGUCACGUUUGAUGGAUAUAGCGACAAUCUACACUCAGACUGGGAUACAUACAUUCCUGAAAAGCUGAUUGGUUCCUCAUCGCUUGCGCAUGCGAAGUCGUGGGCUAAGACAUUGAUCACUGAGAUUGAUUCAGGCAGUUAUCAGUCAGAAGCAGCAACCUGGAUUGAGGAUGACACUCUGAGUGAUCCUAUUACCACCGCUUUGCAAUGGGCAUCGGAUGCUAAUGCCCUGGUCUGCACCGUUGUCAUGCCCAAUGGAGCCGCUGCUUUGGAGACUGGUGACCUAUACCCUACUUACUAUGACGAUACCAUUGGUACUGUUGAGCUGCAAAUUGCAAAGGGUGGCUAUCGCUUAGGUAACUGGCUCAAUUUGAUUUACGCAUCUAGUAUUACCAAGCGAGAUCAAGGUGAUAUUUUGAAGGAAUGA